AUGUGGCCUCAGAGUCUCAGGCGUUCUUCCUCUGGCACCUCUGCCAGUUCCUUUGACUCGCUGGAAGACUUUCUAUCUGAGUUCGAGGUGGUCAACAAGGAGGACACAGCCCAGAGCAGAGCUGGACCUCCGCAGCCUGGCCAUGGCACAGCAUCCAGGGGAGUCCCUUGGGCACCUCGGCCUCCGCGGCCUGCUGUGCGGCUGAGCACGCACCCUUACCAGCCUGCUCGCCAAGUAAAGAAGCUUGCGCAGGACGCAGCGCUGCCAGACGCAGUUUCCAGUGGGGCAUCUGCAGCUCCUGGGCACAGCCAUGGCUACCAGCAGCUGGCUCUGCUGCCCAUCCCCGAGCCAGAACAGGCAGCUCCAGCCCCAACCGACCCUGAUGUGUCCCCCUGCACCGCCCCAGCACUCCCCAGAGUUGACUGGGGCCACCUGUCAGAGCCCACCGGCAGGCCAUCCUUGAGGCCCGCCAGGCAUGUUGCAGUGCAAGCGCAGCAGCAGAGGCAGGUAGCACUGUCACCCAGCAGGGCGCCCCUGGAGCAGUUUGCAGAGCAGCUGCAGGCAGACCUGGGAGGCACCCUGGGCCGCCCACCCAGCCCCUUCCACCCCACUCAGCAAUCCACCCCUCUGCCCCAUCCACAGAGCCAUCAGGCAGAAUCUCCACAGCAGCCGGCAGCUGCGGCAGAAGCUGGGCGCGCAGCUGCGCCGGCGCCGGCAGCCGGGCCGCGGCCACGGCAGCCGCAUGCGCUAUUCCCUCCGGCGGCUGGGAUUAGUAGCAGCGGCGUGCCGGAGCCGCCGCGUGAGGCGGCCAGCAGGCCGGAGGGGCCGAGCCAGAUCAGGCAGGUGCUGCAGGGGGGAACCCCGGGCCUCCAGCCACCGCGGCCACCGCCGGCCGUCGAGCCACUACCUAGAGAUCCCGGGCCGGUGCGGCCGCAGCCGCAGAUGGGGGGCGGCGGCAGCAUUCCAAAGAGCCCUGUGCCGUCAACGCUGCGCAUGUCGCAGCAGGUGCUGCGCAAGAAGCCCAAGGACUUUGAAUCGGAGCUUCUGGACCGCCUUCUCAACAGCUACGCGCCAUCUGCUCCUGCUCCAGUGUCGGGUUCGGUGCCGUCGCCGACAAAGCCGGCGUUCAACGCGUUUCAUCUGCCGGUUUCGCGCGCGCUGCUGAUCACCGUCGUGCUGGCACUCAUGGGAGUGCCUCUUCUGCUGUUCAUGGGGGGGCGGCUGCAUGCGCAGCACCAGAGGUCGCAGGUGUAUGUGGGCGCUGUGUCAGCGCUGACAUCAUCGGGCGAACCACUGAAUGCCUCGCCUGAGGACGCCCUACAAGGAGGGUAUGGGCUGGAGAACGCAACAGGGAGGCUGCAUAAGCUGCCAGGGGAGGAGCAUCAUGCAGGGGUCUCACCUCCAGAGGAAAUAGAGCCAGUGGAUGUGGAGCAUGAUCAUAGCGCAAAGCACAAGAGGAGUCAGAUUGGGCUCAAGCUCUUGUCGCUGAGAGUCACGCUGUCAGUCAGGGAGGUUCUGGAUCCACCACCUUGGGAGAAUUGA